UUCUUUCCUUUUUUGCCUCCCUUCGUCCCUCUCCUUCCCCCAGCCUCCUUUUCCCGUUCGUUAGAAAGAAGGAAAGAAAGGAAGCAAUAAAGAUUUCUAAAAUCUAAAUCCACAUACUUCUUCACCGCUGGCUUCGACACUUAAAAGCUCUGCCCUCCCCUCAACCCGACCGCUGGAGCGCGCCUCGAGUCGCGUCCUCCGCCAUUAAUUCCUUCUUUAAUUCUUCUCUCCCCUCCUCUCUUUCUCCCCUGGCCUUGAAAUGAUCACGAAGGAGAGACCUUUCGCGAGAUCUAGGGGGCUGCGACGGUGAUGAUGAACGGCAAGAGGACGAACGGGAGCAGGCCGCCGUCGCCGGCGUCGUCGCCGAGGACGGGGCGGCGGGGCGGCAGGAAGGGGUGGCUGGCGCGGCCGAAGGCGCCGGGGGUGGAACGUUUGCUCCGCGCGGUGCUGGCCGCGCUGCUCCGGAGGAGGGGGAUCCUGUUGCUGGCACCGCUUCUGUACGUGUCGGCCAUGCUGGUCUUCAUUGGCAGAUGGAAUCUUGAUUCCACUCCGGUGAGGGUCGGGAUGCCGGUGCUCCGCCGGCGGCCGCCGCCGGGGGCUGCGUACAGGAGCCCCCAGGUGUUCGAGAGGUUGUGGCCCUUCAUGCAGGCCGACGUCAACCACUCUAAUGCGUUGAUGACAGCUUGGCAUCAAAAAGAACGCCAGAGGUGGAAGCCAUGUAUCAACAAGAGGUUAUCUCAUGCAGAAUUGCCGCCUUCAAAUGGCUUCCUCAUAAUUGAAGCAAAUGGUGGGCUAAAUCAGCAACGUCUUUCGAUAAGUGAUGCAGUUGCUGUGGCAGGUUUACUGAAUGCCACACUUGUGAUCCCAAUUUUUCAUUUGAACAGUGUUUGGCGUGAUUCCAGCAAGUUUCGGGAAAUCUUUGAUGAAGAGUACUUCAUUGAGACACUCAAGAAUCAUGUAAGAGUGGUCAAAGAACUACCACAAGAUAUGCUGAAGCGCUUUGAUUACAAUAUCAGCAACAUUGUGAACAUGAGAACUAAGGCCUUAUCAUCAAAAACCUAUUAUUUGCAGAAGGUCCUUCCCAAAUUACUAGAAUUGGGGGCUGUACGUAUAGCACCAUUCUCGAAUAGGUUGGCUCACUCAGUUUCAUCCAAUAUCCAAGGGCUGAGAUGUUUGACCAAUUAUGAAGCAUUACGGUUUUCUCAACCUAUAAGACUUCUUGCUGAAAAUAUGGUUGAUCGGAUGGUGAAAAAUAGCUCCAUGAGUGGUGGGAAGUAUGUUUCAGUGCAUCUUCGGUUUGAAGAGGAUAUGGUAGCCUUUUCAUGCUGUACUUAUGAUGGUGGCAAGGAAGAGAAACGUGAAAUGGAUAUUGCUCGUGAAAGGAGUUGGAGGGGGAAGUUUAGGAGACAUGGUCGAAAGAUAAACCCAGAGGCUAAUCGAAUGGAUGGAAGAUGCCCUUUAACCCCAUUAGAGGUUGGGAUGAUGCUUCGAGGCAUGGGAUUUGACAAUACCACAUCAGUUUAUGUUGCUUCUGGUAAAAUUUAUAAUGCAAAAAAAUAUAUGGAUCCUCUCCGUCAGUUAUUCCCACGUUUAGAGACAAAGGAUACUCUAGCCUCCGCUGAAGAACUUGCACCAUUUAAGGGUCAUUCAUCUCGUUUGGCAGCAUUGGAUUACACCGUGUGUGCUCACAGCGAAGUAUUCGUGACAACUCAAGGGGGUAACUUUCCCCACUUUAUGAUGGGGCACAGGCGUUAUCUUUAUGAAGGACAUUCAAAGACAAUAAAGCCUGACAAAAGGAGAUUAGUGUUAUCAUUUGACAACCCUAACAUAAGAUGGGAUAGGUUCGAGCGUAACAUGCAGGAAAUGCUUCAUUACAGUGACUUGAAGGGCGUUGCAUUGAGGAAAUCCAAUGCAACUCUGUACACUUUCCCCAUGCCUGACUGCAUGUGCCCACAAUCAGAAGCAUGAGUUUGUAGAUGGCAUACACUAUAAGUCAUUGGUGAAUUAUAUGUUCAUACAUGUAAGUAAACGCGCAUUAACAAUCAUUCAAUUAUAUUGGAAAUUCAUUCAAUUCUUGUUAGGUCCGGGAGAGAGAUCAUAAUUUUGCAGAUUAUAUACCAAUUCCUAAUGCCUUAUGUAAAUUGAUACAUGUAUUCAUUGUAUAUGGAACAAAAACAGCUUACUAUAAGAUUUUUUGAAAUAUUAACCCUUCUGCAUAGGGUUAGCACUUUAUCUUAUCA